CUCCGCCUCUGUGAAUGGGGGGCCGAGCCGCGGUUAGGGUGACCGCAAGUGGCAACAAUGUAAAAAAAGAAAAAAAAAUCAGUUUCAUUCACUCGGAGCUUGCAACUCCGGCGAAAGAGGCGCCGAGGAGCGGCGGGGGCGGGGGGCAGGGAAGAAGGGGAGCAGUGCCCCUGCCCAUCUCUGCAACUUUGGACUGAGAGAUGGGGGGGGCCUCAUUGCUGAUCAUGAUGCACUUGCAUUAAAAGCCCGGGGGAGGGGGGGCAGGAGAGGCCUCCUGUCCCCCCGCCUCUGCCUUUUGCAUUUCAUUUCGGUGCAAUGUUGGUUCGUUUGGUUUCUGCCUGUUUCAGUCUGAAGUGAAAGGGGGAGAGAGAGAGGGGGAGAUCCUGGAUGCCAGAGGGAAGCGGCAAAGGUCUGUGAAUCGGGACUGCGCUGAGUAACCGGUUGUAGACUGGAGCUGAUCCUGGCACGAGAUUUGCAGCGCCUGCUCCCCGGAUCUCAGCCCAUUCUGGUUUGACAGGUGUGGGGAAGGCGCCCCGACUCUUCCUGGGGAAGGCAAGGGCAGAAGGAGCCCUUUAAGAGAAGAAGAACUUGGUUAAAAGUUUGUUUUGGGGGUGGGGGAAGAAAUUAUUCACGCUUGGAAAUAUGUGUGUCUCUCUUGCUGGGCUGUGGGAUUGCUGAGGACGAUGGGUUGGCUCUAAGACUCUGAAGGAAACCUCCCCCCCCUUUGCAUCGCUGUUGCUGAGUGCGAAGUUGCCUGCUUUAUAUUUCUUUUCCUCCUUGGAAGACAUGGGAUGUGUCCGUGUGGCCGUGCUCUCGGGGAGAAGAGGAACCACAAACUUCGCCUGUUGACUUUGCUCCCCUUUGGAGAGGGCUGGACCAUGCCUGCUCAGAAAUGGUAAGGGGAUCAUUUGCAACCUGUCGCUUGAGUCUGCCGACUGCGGCUGUUCCUAGCUCUCCUUGUCCUUUAAAUUUGCACCGAUUGGAUUGAAGAUUUUUGAUUUGGAAAGACAUGGGAUCCCUUCUCUUCUCCUGCAGGAAAACCACCUACAGAGUUUGAGAACCAGGGACUUUGCUGGUGCAGAGAGAAUGCACGAGAACAAGGCGAAGGGAGAAAGUUAUCGGUGAAUUCCCCUUCUCACCCCCCAUAGGACUUUCAUCCACCGCUGGAUUAUUUAAAACAAAAAUUCCCACAGCCCCACCUACACCAAUACAAUCAGAGCAUACUGAAGACCGGCAAUACUUUUGUUUCCAAAAGAUCCGAUUGCAACAGACUUUGCAACAAGGGGCGACUGCACCCAGGAACUGCACAUGCUGCCUAGCAAUGAUUGCAAAAUUGGAUCCACUGCUCUGAAUGAAUCAGGAGUGUUUAGUUGCAUCAGGAGCAAGGGCAGCCAGAGGCUCUGGGAAUAAAUGAACCGGUUGCAUUCUUGGUAAAGCGAAGCCUUGCAGAGAAAUCGGAAGGUGGGGGGGAGGUGGGGAGAGAGAAGAGAAGGAAGAAAGGACGAUAAAAUACGAUGGUGCAUUUGGAGGUGGCCGUGCUGCUGGUAGCCCUCGUCGGGGUUUGUGUCUGGACUGAUGAUACUGGGAAAGUUAUCUCGGAUCGCUAUGCUGUUUAUUGGAACAAGAGCAACCCCAGGUUCCAUCGGGGGGACUACACGGUGGAAGUGAGCAUCAACGACUACCUGGAUAUCUACUGCCCUCACUAUGAGGACCCCUUCCCGGCGGACAAGAUGGAGCGGUAUAUCCUCUACAUGGUCAAUUACGAGGGUCACGCUUCCUGCGACCACCGGCAGAAAGGCUUCAAGCGCUGGGAGUGCAACAGGCCCGACUCCCCCAACGGGCCCCUGAAGUUCUCAGAGAAGUUCCAGCUCUUCACACCCUUCUCUCUCGGCUUUGAGUUCAGACCAGGGCACGAGUAUUACUACAUCUCUGCUUCUCCCCCUAACAUGGUGGACAGGCCCUGCUUAAAGCUGAAGGUUUAUGUUCGACCAACGAAUGACUCCCUGUACGAAUCUCCGGAGCCUAUUUUCACCAGCAAUAACUCCUGCUGCAGCCUCAGGGUCCCGCACCUCAUCCUCGUGGUGCCGGUGUUUUGGACUGUGCUCACUUCCUAGCCCCGAGAGGAGAAAACAAAGGAAGGGGGAGCGGUUUGGCAGGGAAAGGAGGAGAGAGACGGACACACGCAGGCGAAGAGACGUGUUCUGUCUGCCUCCGGAGAGAAUGAACCCUCUCGCGCCAGCCUUUUGCUUUGUUUUUUAAAAAGUUUUCUCUUUCACAAUAACCUUUGAACUGCAACUCCUGAGCCGGGAGGUGGGGUUGGGCAGGGGACACGAAGAAGGAUUUUUUCCCUAUCCCGGCCUUAUUCCCAGCUCGGAGAAUUUCUGUUCCUGGCGUGGAUUCGCUUGGAAGAAGGCUGCAAAAUUUCUACCGAUGUACAAAAUAUAACACCCCUGCCCCACUCCCCAGCCGUCUGGUUUGGAGGUGGGGGCGGGGAAUGACAAAAUAACAGUGGAAAAGCGCAGCGUGGGAUCGGCGCUGCUUUCCUGCUUCCGGGACGGCCCACUUUUCAUGGUGCUGGGCUCAGCUCGCUUUGACCCUCCUUGUAGGAUUUUGCUUUUGAAAUUUCUAGACCAAAUAUUAGAAUCCUUUUAUUAUUAUAUUUUUUGUGUGUGCUUUUCUUGCACCUCUUGAGACUUAGCCACAAAACGAACCCCCCUCCCCCGUCUGUGGUUCAGAAAUCUCCGUGGGCAGCAUUCCCUUCCAAGCCGUCAAGGGAAUGCAGGAUCAGGGGCUAGCUUGGGCUUUCCUUCCCGGGUUUUCCAUGAUGCUCAGACAGAUUCAGUCCCUGGCUCCAAGCAGGGGAGCUGGUGGCUGGCGAACAAGCAAGGUGCCUGGACUCUGGGACGGGACGGAUCCGGGCCGAGAACGACAGUGCUCACAGCUUUUUUGCUUUGGAGUCUUUCCCAAACUAGCCCAGCUGUUUGCCAGUGCUGGUACCAUGAGACUCAGUGCCACCUGGCCAGAGCGGUGCCGAUACCUUACUGCUCCUUUCAGGCCUGUGUUUUGGAGGCAGGGGGCCAGAUGGAAACAGGCCAUCAAAGGCUUUUUGGAGGAGCGCUGACCUGGCUUGGUUGUCAGAACGACUGUACCGUUUUCGUGGAUAUGUGGGUUGUUUCUUUGGGCGGGGGGAGGGUCGGGAGGGAUGGGCAGGUAUACAAAUAAGCCAGCCAAAUGUAAUUGACCCUGCAAUUGACGUCCUUGGCAAAGCAAGGAGCAACGCCUGCAGAAGGGUUACUGGGCCUGGUGAAGGCAGUGGGAGAAUGGGUGGGGAGGGGGCUUUGCCACGGAGGUCACCGAGAGCAGGGUCAAAAAUCUAGUUUGGGAAAGUUGAGCAGGAAGGCUGGAGGGGAGGGGGGUUUAACGUCAGGCAUGUAACCAGUCUGCUGGCAAGUGACAGCCGGCGAUUAGUGUAGGGGCUGGGGCUGGAAUUUAGAAGGGGCUCUGGCUGGCUACCACCUCCCCAUGGAGCAAAGGGGAAUUAAGUGGGCAGGAAAUGCAGAGAGAGCCUAGGUCCUUCGGAGGGCAUCUGGGCAGAGCCCUGCCGUAGACCACGCGAGCCACUAAACUAGGCCGUGCGCAGGUGAAAUUCACCCUCUUGGGUUCCCAAAGCUAAAAAUUCCGCCGGUUGAAAUCAGCAUCGCUCCACGGACUUACGUCCGUUGACGCCAGCUGAGGAUCCGGCCCCAAAUCUUUGCCUAGUACCUUCCUCCUCUCUCAUCGCUGACUCCGUACUUGGGUUUUUAAUUCGCUCCCAGCGCUGACGGUAGCCUUCCCCUCCCUACUUCCCCCAAGUCCCUUAGUGAAAGCAGUGCCCCUUCCUACAUAACCCCGCUGAUCCCAACACGGAUCCGCGUCACCAGCCCUGCCAUUCCAAUUCCCCCUCCUGUGGCCACUUCUUCUAGACACGUGGAGCAGAGCAGCUCCGUCUGUCUUGUCCUAACCACCGCCCCGCGCAGCUCAGUGAUCCCCGGCUGUAUUACAGAUUCAAGCAAGCUGCUAAUCAGGCUGAGACAGCAGGAGAGAGAAUGGAGCUGACCUGAGGGGGUGGAUCUCUAUGAAGUUUUCCCUGGGCAUCCUUCCUUCCCUUUAUGAGUCUCCUUCGAUCCUGCACAUCCUGAUGGCUUGUUCCUCCGUUGCGCUGUUCCUGGCUUGGAGUAACUGCUGGCUUGGCUUUCUUUGCUUUAAAAUAAAGCCGCCGAUUGGCCCCACUCUUCGGAAUUCAGAUGAUUAAAUGGGGCCCAUUUUGCAAAAUUCAGAUCCCCAUCCAAGCCUGGAUCUCAACCCCUCCUGUCCUUACAUCCGGGGACAGUCUGCAUCUAGGGUUUUGGCACAAACCCAUCUCCAAAUAAAACCCCACUUCCUGAUUUCUGCCCCUUCUCCUGCUCUAUUGGAGGAUUUUGGUGAUAAAAGGAAGUUACAUUCCAGGGAAAAAGAACUAAGAAAGCGGGACAAGCAAAGGGACAUGGAAGAGUUGGUGGCGAUGGUGGGGGAAAAGCGAAUGGCUGAUUCUUCUUCGCACAUACCUGUGCCCAUUAGAGAAGAGUCCAGCAAGGUGCUGGCAGAAUGCUAGUCUCUCUCCAAGGGAUGCAGUGGAUGGGUUUGGGGCUGGGGAGGAGGGACCAGGGGGGAGAUUUGCAUCACCUUCUAAAGCUGGAGCCAUAUCUGCGGGCACCUCCAUCGCUGCCCGGCUCCCCCCACCGUGAAGGCAGAACUCGAGUUGUCUCCUCGCUCCCGGAAAUAGAGCGUAGAUUUAAAAUCACAAUCCUAAUAAUAGUACAAAAAACGGUCUUUCUGCGGAUGUCUUUUUCAAUCGCGCACAGAAACCGUCAGUUUCUACAGCCUCUGUCUGUGAGCCCCAGGGACCGAACCGGAGCGGGCGUUAUACUGGUCUUUCUGUAAAUAUAGCCAGCAGGCGUUAUACUGUGACAGGUUUUUGGUUUGUUUUUUUUAUGUAUCGUUGAGAAUGAAUUUUAUGGAAGGUUUUAUGUUAAUUUUAUUUUGUUUUUAUUUUGUAGACUAGGAAGCUAAAAACUCGCAAUAAGCUCAUCUUGACGAUCAACAAUUCCAGCUCUGCUUCCCCUCCCUCCCGGCCCCCCAUUGUAUCUAGACCAGGGAACGUUUUCUUAAAGGCAGACGAAAGCCCCACUUUUCUACAUGCGUCACCCUCCUCCCUGUCCGUAGGGGGCCAGACUUGGCUUCCCUGGCUCAAACCGAGUAACCUUGCUCCAGGAGUCAGCCAAUGGAGUAAAGAGGGAAGGGCGGCUGGCCUGGCACCCAGGAGACCAGAAUCUGGUGUGACCUUUGGACCGGAUUCAGCAAGGGACGGAAACACACAAGUGAUCCUGGAGGUCAAGGGAACUACUCAUGUCCCUGGGUUUAAAUCAUUUGCCGACUCGUCAGGGAUUUUCAAAGGAGCCUGAAGGAUUUUAAGUGCCCAGCUCCCAUGGACAGUCAGUGCCUCCUUUAAAAAUCCCAGCCUCAGUGCCCCCACUGGUAAUAAUACUUCCUUUGUCUACCUUGUGUGUUGGGGCUCAAUCCUGGACAGACAGGCUCACCCAGAGCCCGCUUUCAGGACAAGGGGCUUAGGCUGUAAACUCGUGGGGGCAGGGACUGUGAAUGUACAACCUCUAGCCCAAUAAGGCCCCCAUCUUGGUUGGCUCCCGUAAUAUAAAUAAUCUCGGGACCGCAGCAGUGGAACAGUGGCAAAAUCGGGCCUUUGGUCUGUGGUAUAUAUGUUAUAUAUAUAUAGUACAGCGACUGUGAGAGAAGAAAGAAAAAGCAAACAAGUGAAGCUCUAAUUUUAAAAAAUGGGGGCUGGGGUUUUUUUGGUUUCGUUUUUGGGGUUUUGGUUUGGUCUGGGGUUUUUGGUUUUCCAUUCGGGGAUGAACCCAUCUUACGGGAACUGUUUUUCGCUUGUGGGUCUCAGCUCAGCCUAGCUUGGUUCUUAGACAUGCAGCUUUCGUUCUAGACGUCGUGCUGAUGGUAAACCCGAUCACAACUUCAUUUGGAGUCUGUAUUUUUUUAUAAUAAAAUAAAAAUAAAUGUCAUGUGAGUCCA